AUGCAAUCUCCCCCAGUCUCUCCAAUUCGCAUGGAGCAGAAUCUCUUUGCUGAUGCAGCUAAGAAACGCAGAAAGGGUGCUACUCGUCUUUCUUGUGCAGAAUGUAGACGUCUGAAGUUGCGCUGUGACAGAGCGAUUCCUUGUGGCUCAUGCGUGAAACGUGGCUGCGGUGCCAUCUGUCCAGAUGGUUCUUUGACAACUGGCCAGGGGAAUAGGUUUGUUUUAGCAUCAACUCAAGAACUUCAUGAGAAGAUAUCGGAACUCUGUCAACGUGUGCGAGAUUUAGAAGACGCUCUUCGGCAGUCGCACUCUCUCGUAUCUGCAGACCGGCACCAUCUAUUGACUGAUGACUUGUUACAAAUCAAGCAACCUUUGCAGCGCGAGCCCCCCAGUAGCAGAAAUAUGCCUCGAUGCGAAGCCAAGGAAGAAGAGCAGAACGGCGAGGUCGUUGACGCUUUUGGCUCAUUAUCGAUUAAUGCUUCUGGGGGUGCAAAAUACUUCGGUUCCAUCGCAAAUUCCUGGUAUUUCCUACAGAAUGAAGCAAAUGAAGAUCACGAAACUGACAGUGAUCGCCUUGCUGCACUACAAACCGUUCUUCCUGCCGACAUUCUAGCGCGAAGUGGGGCAUUCCCAAUUCUGCCCUCAACACACACAUCUAUUCAUCUUGAGAACGUACGACUUAGAACUCUCUUAUGGUACCUUCCCAAGGCCCCCCAAGCUCAAGAAAUAUGCCAAACGUAUUAUCGGCUAGGAGCAUGGAUGUACAAUCCUAUAAGCCAGCAAUGCUUCUACGAAGAUAUAUAUCCCCAAUUUUACACUCCCAAUACCGGACCGCCCCCCGACGAUCCACUUCUUUCACACAAACUGUCUCUCAUGUUUAUGAUUCUCGCGAUCGGGACCCUCAUGGAUAUACACCUACCAGCCUACAACAUUGAAGCUGAGAAGUACCACCAAUUAGCUCGGGCCGCGCUAUUCCAGAGCUCACUGUUCGAGGACCCGACUAUUAAUGCCGUUCAAGCUCUUUUCCUCAUGACUUUUUACCUUUUUAUGUCGGACCGGCAUGGUUCCAAUUCUGGAGCACGAUGGGCUAUCAUGGGCAUAGCUAUCAAAGUGGCCCAAAGUGUAAGCCACCGAGACCCCAGUCGAUGGGGAGUGGAUCAAAAGGAGACUCUGCGUCGCAGGGAGCUCUUCUGGGAACUUUACACAUACGACUCGUGGCAGUGUCUUACAUUUGGUCGACCGGUGUCAUUUUACAUGGCCCAUAUUGACUGUAGGUUGCCAUACUCGACUGACGCGUCAGAGGAAAAUAUCUUCCAUGCUUGGAAACACCGCUUCACGUCAGAGUGCAUGAGCGUUGUCCACGAUCAAGCAUUUGGUGCCAAGACACCAACGUACGCCACUGUCCUUCAGCUUGACCGCAAACUCCGUGCCUUCCCUGUACCCCCAGCGCUGCAGGUCGCCGGAUUUGGUGCAUCCACAGGGCCGAGCGAUACACAAUAUUCAGAAAGUGUGAUGCUGUUGUUGCAACGUCAUAUUGUAUUGGCUAUUCGGGAAAUGAAUCUCCUAUACCUCCACCGCAGUUUCUUUGCACGUGCCGUAACUGACCACCCAAAAGACCCCCUGGGAAGUCCCUACGGCACAUCGGUCAUUGCUGCUUAUCGCAGCGCUGGCUCGCUUGUUGCUCUCAUGCGCAACCUUCAUACUCAAUUGAAGGAGCCAAGCGAGCGCAUUUGGUUCCUUUGGGGGCACAUGUUUUCCUGUGCUAUCGUACUAGGGUCUGUGGUAACCAGAUGUCCAUCCAUGAGCUUAGCCCCUUCAGCGCUGGUGCAAUUGGAUUCUGCUUGUGAAUUAUUCUCGAAAGCAGCCAGGGGGUUCCGUGCACGGUCUGUCUUGGAGGUGAUGCUCGGCUUGCAAGAGAAAGCUCAUCUCAGCCUCGCUGAGCAUCGGAAGGGUAAAGUGUCACCGCUUACACGUCAACUAUCUGAGCCGUAUUCGCCGUAUGAUGACGAAGAUGAAUUGGCUACACUCGGAGGGAAGACGCGUUUGGUCGCGAAGAAGGAUUCACUAUCAGCCUCAUCAUCUCCCGCAGCGGUUGUCGAUCGCUCUCCCACAUCUUUGAAUCCUGUUGUUCCUCUCCCACUCAUGUCAGGAAACUCGCAUCAAGUGGUGCACCCGAACGUUCUGGUUUACCUACAGACUUUUCCAAAUCCGGGACAGUCGCAUAACGCAGGGCCAACAUACACAGAUGCCCCUGCGUAUAGUAUGUCCCCUUCCAGAGAAAAUUAUUCGGACACCUCGGGAUAUAGCGACUCCCAGGCACCGAUGCAGCCCAUGGAACUUGUCGCAGGGCAAUUCCCCAGCUAUUUCCCUGUGUACGAUUAUGCUCUCAGUAGCGAGAGCAACUACUCGCAACUGAACGGGCAGAUGUCGUCGGGUACACGCCGCGAGUCUCCAGAAAAUGCAAAUACAAUGCAUCACACCUGGCAAGAUUUUGUGGCACAAAGUGGCCUCGAGAUGGGGUCGUAG